UCCCCACACGUCACAUCCGGCCGUGCUCUUCCCUGGGAGGAAAACGGCUCCGGUCUCUCUGUCGCUCUCACUCACAAGGGCAGCAGCCUCGGUGGCUCCUUCUGGGGUCUGAUCAAGAAUGGAACAGCAAGAACCAGCUGCCUCUGAAGCAGGAAGAAGCCCGGAUGCCAUCAAGACUGGGACCCAAGGGCUGGAAUUCAUGCAGAAGAUGUUGGGGGAGAACACCCUCAGCUUGAAUGUCCAAUGCCAACUGUUCAGGCAUUUCUGCUACCAGGAGGCUGUGGGGCCCCGAGAGGUUUGCAGCAGACUCCACCUUCUCUGCUGUCAAUGGCUGAAGCCAGAGCGACACACAAAGAACCAGAUCCUAGACUUGGUGAUCCUGGAGCAGUUCCUGAGGAUCCUUCCAGCGGAGAUGGAGACCUGGGUGAGGGAAUGUGGAGCGGAGACCAGUUCCCAGGCGGUGGCCCUGGCUGAAGGUUUCCUCCUGAGCCAGGCAGAGGAGAAGCAGCAGGAACAGUGGCAGGCAAAGAGUCUGUUUGCAGAAUUGGGCACUGAUUUCCCUGAGGCAGAGAGGACCCGAUUGGACACCAGACAGAGGCCGCUGGGGGAUGGAACGAUGCCGGCAAGACCUACGAAACCAUCUCCUCUUGGUGGUGGAGGGGAAGCUGCUGCUGUUGCCCUGGAUCAGGGUCCAGUGGUCUUUGAGGACGUGGCUGUGUAUUUCACGGAAGAGGAGUGGGCCCUGCUGGAUCCUGACCAGAGAGCUCUGCACAAGGAAGUCAUGGAGGAGAGCUGUGGGACUCUGGCCUGUCUUGAAGGUGAUGAAUGGGAAGCCAAGAAUGAGGGAGAACUACGUGGGAAAGAGACACAGGAAAGAGACACAUCUAUAAAGAGCGAAGAGCAGAGACUGAGAACUGAAGGAGAGGAGAGGAGGAAUGAAUCCUCUGUUUCUCAGAGCAGUGCAUGCCAUGAAAUUUCAGUCCGAGAAAAAACAGAUGAAAGAAACAAAGGAAGUAAUUAUUUUGAUUAUUGGAAAAAUCUCAAUUUUAAAAUAAAUUGCAAUGCCCACAUCAAAAACAACAUAAGGGAGAAACCAUAUAAAUGCUUGGAGUGUGGAAAGAGCUUUUGCUACAGCAACAGUCUCAUUUUGCAUCAAAUAAUUCACACUGGGGAGAAACCAUAUAAAUGCUUGGAAUGUGGAAAGAGCUUCAGUAGGUAUUCCUCUCUGACUAAUCAUCAAAUAAUACACAGUGGAGAGCAACCAUAUAAAUGCUUAGAGUGUGGGAAGAGCUUUCCUUAUAGUUAUAAACUUACUACACAUCAAAGAAUUCAUACAGGAGAGAAACCAUAUAAAUGCUUAGAAUGUGGAAAGAGCUUCAGUCACAAGGGAUCUCUCACUGAUCAUCAGAGAAUUCACACUGGGGAGAAACCAUAUGUAUGCAUGGAAUGUGGAAUGAGCUUUCCUUCUAGUUAUAAACUUAGUAGCCAUGAAACAAUUCAUACUGGAGAGAAACCGUAUAAAUGCUUGGAUUGUGGAAAGAGCUUCCGUCAGAAGAUAUCUCUCACUUUGCAUCAAAGAAUUCAUACUGGGGAGAAACCACAUAUAUGUUUAGAAUGUGGAAAGAGCUUCCGUCACAGUUCUAACCUUUCUUCCCACAAAAGAAUUCACACUGGGGAGAAACCAUAUAAAUGCAUGGAAUGUGGAAAGAGCUUUCCCUCCAGUUAUAAGCUUAGUACCCAUGAAAGAAUUCAUACUGGGGACAAACCAUAUAAAUGCUUGGAAUGUGGAAAGAGCUUCAAUCACAACAUCUCUCUCACUUUGCAUCAAAAAAAUCACACUGGGGAGAAACCACAUAAAUGUUUGGAGUGUGGAAAGAGCUUCAGUCACAAGAUAGCUUUCGCUUUGCAUCAAAGAAUUCAUACAGGAGAGAAACCAUAUAAAUGCUUGGAAUGUGGAAAGAGCUUCAGUAGAUACUGCUCUCUCAGUUUGCAUCAAAGAAUUCAUACUAGGGAGAAACCCUAUAAAUGCUCAGAAUGUGGAAAGAACUUCCUUCGCAGUGAUCAUCUUAUUUCUCAUCAAAGAAUUCACACUGGAGAGAAACCGUAUAAAUGCAUAGAAUGUGGAAAGGGCUUCAGAGACAGUUCUAACCUUUCUUCCCACAAAAGAAUUCACACUGGGGAGAAACCAUAUCAGUGCUUGGAAUGUGGAAGGAGUUUCAGUCACAAGAUCAGUCUCACUUCCCAUCAAAGAAUUCACACAGGGGAGAAACCAUACAAAUGCUUGGAAUGCGGAAAGGACUUCAGAGACAGCUCUCUCCUUUCUUUCCACAAAAGAAUUCAUGCUGGGGAGGAACCAUACAAAUGCUUGGAAUGUGGAAAGAGCUUCGAUUGCAAGAAACGUCUCACUUCCCAUCAGAGAAUUCAUACAGGUGAGAAACCAUAUAAAUGCUUGGAAUGUGGAAAGGGCUUCAAAGAUAGUUCUAACCUUUCUUCCCACAAAAGAAUUCACACUGGGGAGAAACCAUACAAAUGCUUGGAAUGUGGAAAGGGCUUGAGCUGCAAGAAACGUCUCACUUCUCAUCAGAGAAUUCACACAAGAGAGAAAUUGUUAAAUAAUGCUGGAAUUGUUGAGAGAGCUUCAGAAGAAACAGGAAUAUCAAUAAUCCAAGAGGGAUAGACAUUAACGUGUCGAGUAUAGAAAACCUAUCUCCCAGGUGAAAGAUGGGAGGUGACUGAAUAUGUUCUAGCUGAGAGAUGUGGUAACGAGAUGGAUGGAUUUUCUGUUUCUUGAUACAGUAUUGAUAUAAAUACCGGUUACUGGAAAUCUUGGGAGAGUGCUCCUUGUAUUCUCAGAGGUUUCUAGUUGGCAUGAUCCAUCAGGCUCUUGUGUUCAUACUUGUGAUUCAUUUGUGUUUUGUGAUUUUUCUAUUUUAAUAUUGUUUUGGAUCAUUUACUGUAUUUAUUAUACUUUUAUUAGGAAGUGUAGUUUUUAUGUGUACAUGUUUUGCUAUUGUUGUGAGAUGCUUUGAGCUCAACUUAGUUGUUGGAAAAACAGCAUACAAAUAUUAAAUCACACCCAAAACAGCUUCAGUUAGAA